GAUUUUGGGGGAAAUCCAGGCACAGGGGCUCCAGGAGCUGCCCUAACCACAGCCACAUGUACCGGUUCCCAGACUCGUCUGUGCCUUCCCAGGCACUCUGCAAAGUGUCCAAAGUGUCAUCACGGGACAUGAUCAGGCCCCGGGGAGUGGGGGUGGUGGGGAGAAGGUUUGAGCUCAAACUGUGGCCAUGAGUGGAAACGCAGCUCGAAGUCACCACGAGGAGAACAGCCACCCUUGAGUCCCGCCUCCUGGGCUCCCCCUCGGGCGGGUGUCGCCUUCCAGGGAGUCACAUGAUCAGCGGGUGCCCCGCAGCACACACAGGGUUAACCUUCUGCAUGUGGCCAAUAGGCGUUACUUUUAAGUAGGAAGUGGUAGUUCAGCAAAUUUGCUUUUGGCCAAUUCUGGUCUCUCACUGUUUUUUUCUUAAUGGCUAUUAGAAAUCGUGUCUUGUCGAGAGAAUCACAGCGGCGUCGUGAAGCAUUGCCGGGCGGGCGUAACGGGACAGUGCCCGUCGGGCCACGGCGUUUCUAAGGGGCUCCUACUUCCCGUUUGCGGCCCCUCUGCCUGCCGCCACCCACUCCUGGUCCCCACAGAGCGUGACCGGCCUGAGCAUGUGUCAGUUAGCUGGUCCCAGGGAGGAUGCUUGCUGCUAAGAACCUGAAAUGUGUCCCACCUGCCCCUGGUCAGAAGAUGCAGGGGAGCACCAGGCACAUUCCCGGAGGAGCCCAAACCGUCCGCCAUGGCUCGCCGAAAACGGGCUUCAACUCACGUCCCCGCAUUAUCCCCGCCGGUGAGCCGGAGGGCCUGACCGUCUGUUCCUUCCAUCCCCGCCCGCCCCGCCUGCCGAGAACUAGCACCGCGAUGAGUGAGGAGGCGAUGAAUCUCAGCGCCGGCUUCAACUUCAGCGAGGACUACUUUGGGUCGGGCAACAGUUCGGACUACUCAGCUGACGGUGACAGCUUCUUGUGCUCCCUGCAGGAGGUCCGGAGCUUCUCUGGGCUCUUCGUGCCCGUGGCCUACUCCCUGAUCUGUGUCUUUGGCCUCCUGGGCAACGUCUUGGUGGUGGUCACCUUUGCUUUUUACAAGAAAGCCAAGUCCAUGACGGACGUGUACCUCUUGAAUAUGGCCAUCGCGGACAUCCUGUUCGUCCUCACCCUCCCGUUCUGGGCCGUGAGCCACGCCACUGGCGAGUGGGUGUUCAGCAACGCCACGUGCAAGCUCAUGAAGGGCGUCUACGCCGUCAACUUCAACUGCGGGAUGCUGCUCCUGGCCUGCGUCAGCCUGGACCGCUACGUGGCCAUCGUGCAGGCCACCAAGUCCUUCCGGCUGCGGUCCCGCACGCUGGCGCACCGCAGGGCCAUCUGCCUGCUGGUGUGGGUGGCGUCCGGGCUCAUCUCCGUCUGGACCUUCGUGUUCAACCAGAAGUACCACGUGCAGGACAGCGCCGUGUGCGAGCCCCGCUACCACGAGGGCUCCGACCCCAUCAGGUGGAAGCUCCUCGUGCUGGGGCUGCAGCUCCUCUUCGGCUUCUCCAUCCCGCUGCUCUUCAUGACCUUCUGCUACGCGCUCAUCGUCAGGACCCUGGUGCAAGCCCAGAACUCCAAGCGGCACAAGGCCAUCCGCGUGAUCAUCGCGGUGGUGCUGGUGUUCCUGGCUUGUCAGAUCCCCCACAACAUGGUGCUCCUGGUGACGGCCGCGCAGCUGGGCAGGAUGAACCGCUCCUGCCAUGGCCAGAAGCUGCUGGGCUACGCCACCAACAUCACCGAGGUCCUGGCCUUCCUGCACUGCUGCCUCAACCCCGUGCUCUAUGCCUUCAUCGGGCAGAAGUUUAGGAGCUACUUUCUGAAGAUCGUGAAGGACCUGUGGUGUGUGCGGCGGCGGCGGAAGUCCCCGGGCUUCUCCUGCUCCAGGCUGCACUCGGAAAGCUUCGUCUCCAGGCAGAACAGCGAGACUGCGGACAACGAGAACGCGUCGUCCUUCACCAUGUGAGCGGCCCGGAGCAGGCCCGAGGUCUGGGCGACUGCGGACAUGGACUCGGGACCCCGGGGGUCCCCUGUGGUUGGCCUUCCCCAAAACGGACCCCCGGGACUACGAAUCAGAUAUUUUCGGGAAUAUUCGUGAAGCAUCUUGUGAGCAUGACCUCUCCUGAUCACAGCAAAACGCACAGGGUUGGGAAACCCAAGAUGGAAAAAAAUCACGUAAGAGCCCUUGCACCCCUCAUCUUAGGCAGAAGGUGAAACACUCCACCCCAGCCGGCCAAGUGGUGGGGGAGACGGACGGUGGCGGUUGUCACCGGUGUCCAUUGUCACCGAGGAUAAGGAAGAUGAGGUGGUAACAGGCCAUCGGGAAAGGGCAGGCUUGCUUCAUUUCCCCGGGGAAGUGUUCUCUGCAGUCGCCGAUUCUCCGAAAGUCGGGUAGGCAGAGCUCCACGAGCCGCAGUCUAACGGCACACACUCAGCACACAGAGGGCUUCGUGACUAUUGUCAGACAAAUCACAGUGAAAUUGGGGGUCACAGUGCAGUUUAGAAUGUAAGGUGUUUAAAUUGCCUUCUUUUAAAAAGCACAAGGAAGCUUCCCCAAGACGAUACAGAAAGGGCUUUGUUCCCACAUCCACGGAAGCAGAAGCAGCCCCUGGAGCCAAGGGCAUCAGGGGCCACAGGGCGCCGGGCUCCUUCCCUCUCUGCUUCUGGCUUUGGUUUUUACCCAAAGUCUGAGGUUGAUCGUGGAAUCCGAUUUUAACAACUGUCUUCAACUUCUAGAAAGUUCCUAGAACUCAAGCUUUGAGAGUGCUUUGUAAACACAUGAACACAAGUAGAAAAAAAAAAAAAAACCACAUUACAAAAAUGCAGGCGUGCGUUAGAAGGUACUGCCGUGAGUUACAAAGAUGCUGACAUGUAUAGCCCUGAGAUAUCUGUUAUUGAAACUUUCUGCCGUUCUCAUGAGCUUGACAUGCACCUCUGUAUGAAAUUCAAAGUGCCAUCUUAGGGUUCCGAGUCUGUAUGUCUCAAACAUCAUUGUGGCUUUGCAAAAUGAAGGCCUUUGGUGCAUGAAGUGGGAACGGUUUUCCAGAAUCAGGGAUCCGACUCAGGAGCUGAGGCGUUCCGGGGUCGGCCGCCCUCCCAGGCUGUAAGCGUGGGUUCCCGCGCGCAGAGCCCGGCGGCCGACUUGCACGCAUGCCCCUUGCGGGUCCCGGAUGCGCUCAGAGGAUGUAGGGAGAGAAGUUUGUGCCUCUAAGCAGGAAAUAGCUCGCUUACUGUGACACAGCUGGAAAAAAGCUCUUCUGUAUAAUUUGAAUUUUCAGAAAAGUGAAGCUUCUUUAUGCAACAGUCCAUUUAAUUUCAGCCGUACUGAAUAAAAGUGUUUCUAAAGUAG